AUGGGCAGUGUGGUACAUCCAGAUACAGAGAAGUAUCCCUUCAAGUUUGAGCCGUUUCUGAGGCAGGAGUAUUCAUUUGCACUGGAUCCUGACAGACCAGUGUGUGAGGAUUUUAAUUAUAAAAUAGGGCCAAGUUCCUGUCCUAAUGGUGUGUUCUGUCCCAAGAAGCAUGUCCUGGGCAUUUUCCAGAAUAAAAUUGUGUGUAAGCAUUGGCUCCGAGGGUUAUGUAAGAAGAAUGACAACUGUGAGUAUUUGCAUGAGUAUAAUUUAAGAAAGAUGCCUGAGUGUGUUUUCUACGCAAAGAACGGGUUCUGUACGCAAUCUCCAGAGUGUCAGUAUCUACAUAUUGAUCCACUCAGUAAAGUUCCGCCAUGUGAAGAUUAUGAGAUGGGGUUCUGUCCCAAAGGUAGCGCGUGUGAGAAAAGGCAUAUCAAGAAGGUGCUAUGUCAAAGGUAUAUCAAUGGGUUCUGUCCCCUCGGAAGGAGGGAAUGUGACAUGGAACAUCCAUUCUUUUACAUACCUGAUUUAAGUAGUCCACUGAGAAUAAAGAAAGAUGAAGAGAUCAACACGAGAAAGAGAGAUGAAGAAAACGAAAGAAGAUUAAAUGCCAUAAUUAAUGGGGAAAUAUGA